ACUAUGUAUUAUUUAUAUAAAGUAAAACGAACGGUUCUCCUACAGCUUCCAUUAUAACCAUGGAGAUGACAUCUUUCCUUUUAAUCUUCUUCUUCUUUCUCCUCAUCUACUCAUUCUUCUUCCUCUUCAACCCAACAAACUCCAAAUCCACCCCUCAAUCCGGCUUCAAACACUAUCCAAUAUUCGGAACCCUACCCGAAUUCCUCCUAAACCGCCACCGGUUUCUCGACUGGAGCACCCAAGUCCUCUCUCAAUGUCCAACGAACACGGCCGUCUUCAGCCGACCCGGAAAAGUCAAUGGCGUCAUAACCGCCAACCCGGCAAACGUCGAACAUAUGCUCAAGACCAACUUUGAGAACUACCCGAAAGGAACCCGGUUUAUUUCUCUACUUGAAGACUUCUUGGGCCGUGGCAUCUUCAACUCCGAUGGCGAAACGUGGCGGGCGCAGCGUAAAACCGCUAGCUAUGAGUUCAACACGCGGUCCCUUCGGAACUUUGUGAUGGAAACGGCGGCCGUAGAGCUACAUACGCGGUUCGUGCCGGUUCUUGAAAGGGCUGCGGCUUUGAACAAGGUUGUUGAUCUUCAAGAUCUUCUUGAAAGGUACUCUUUCGAUAAUAUAUGUAAGGUGGCCUUCAAUUUCGACCCCGGUUGUCUCGCCGGAGAUGGAACUUCCGGUAGUGAGUUCAUGAAAGCUUUUGAAGAAGCUGCAACGCUUAGUUCUGGAAGAUUUAUGUAUGUUUUACCAGGACUGUACAAGAUCAAAAAACUGUUGAAUUUCGGUUCCGAAUCAAAGCUACAAAAAUCAAUCGCUACUGUUCAUAAAUUCGCGGACGACAUUAUACAAUCGCGAAUAACAGAAAGCGCGAAAGAACCCAAUGAUGAUCUGUUAUCCCGGUUCAUGAACAUAUCCGCUUACUCCCCAGAGUUUUUGAGGGACAUAGUCAUAAGUUUCAUAUUAGCAGGCCGCGAUACAACGUCAUCCGCACUCACAUGGUUCUUCUGGAUAUUAUCUUCACAUCCAGAAGUAAAACUGAAAAUACUGGAGGAACUGAAAACGCUCCGCCUUAGCAAAAGUGAUCAGAACUCUUACGAGUUUGACGACCUUCGACAGAUGCAUUACCUACACGCCGCGAUAUCAGAGGCAAUGCGGCUGUUCCCACCGGUUCCAGUGGACACAAAAGCAUGCCUAAAACCCGACGUGUUGCCAGACGGGACGUUUGUUGGGGAAGGGUGGUUUGUUACAUAUCAUACAUAUGCAAUGGGACGGAUGGAGAGUGUUUGGGGGACGGAUUGCAACGAGUUUAGGCCGGAGAGGUGGUUGGAAGAGGAGAAUGGUGGUGGAAUGGUGGUGUAUAGGCCGGAAAAUCCGUUUAAAUAUCCGGUGUUUCAUGGUGGAGCAAGAGUGUGUUUAGGGAAAGAAAUGGCGUAUACGCAAAUGAAGCUGGUGGCGGCGACGAUUAUGGAGGUGUUUGAGGUGGAGUUGGAGGUGGUGGAAAAGAAGGUGCCGGAGCAUGUGUUGUCGUUGACGAUGAGGAUGAAGGAUGGGUUGAAGGUGAGGGUUAGGAAAAGAUGAAGUGGUCCAUUGAUGUAUCAUGCAAGUGUUGAGUGGGUGACAUUUUGGUGUCAAAAAUGGUUAUGUCACUUAUUAUAUACUUUAUGUAUAAAGUUAAAGUUACCAUAUGUGGUUACAAUAAUGUCCAAUAUGUCCAUAUAUUCUGAUUGAGAUCAGUAGGUUAAAAUUAGUUAUCAUGUG